AUGGGUUCUGAGGAUUGUUCCCUCACAGAAGACACCUCCUUGGAGAGAGGACGACAAAAUAACUCUGCCAGCCUUCACUUUGCAACACAUCGUGAAGGGCACCUUCAAGUUCCUGUCCCAUGUGCUGUGCUGAAUGUGGUCAUCAUCACCAUUUUGGUCAUAGCUCUCAUUGCUUUAUCAGUGGGCCAAUACAAUUGUCCAGCCCAAUAUGUAUAUUCAGAACCAUCAAACACCGGCGUUUCCUCAUGCUCAGAGGAUUGGAUUGGAUACCAGAGGAAAUGUUACUUUAUUUCCAAUAUAACAAGGAAUUGGACCUUGGCUCAAAACUCUUGCUUCAAACAUGGUGCUAGCCUUGCUGUCAUUGAUUCUGAAAAGGACAUGAUCUUUUUAAAACGACAUGUGGGUAGAGCUGAACACUGGAUUGGGCUGAAAAGUGAUGCUGGUCAGGCAUGGAAAUGGUCAAACGGCAAAGACUUUAACAACUGGUUCAGCCUUACAGGAUCAGGGAACUGUGCAUUUCUGAAUAGCACAGAGGUCAGCAGCACAGAAUGUGGAAAGGAUUUACACUGGAUAUGUAGCAAACCCUGCAAAUAA